UGCAAGCUCAACACUCUCCUCCAUUUUCAGCACCGAAGAUCUUCCAAGCUCAUCCAGUAGUAGCACCACUGGUUCAGGAGAGAUCUUACCUGCAACAGUACUGCCUAGGUUAAAGUGUGUUGGUAGGAAUAAUAAGGGAGUUACGGGGGGAGGGGGGGGGAUUUACGUCGGUAAUAGGGAGAAGGAAAGAGAUGGAGGAUGCUGUUAAGGUUGUACCUGGAUUGCUGUCAUCCACGUGUGAUCAUGUUGGAGGUUGUACGGCUCCUGGUUCUAGAACCUCCGGUGAGGUUUCUCCGGUUCAUUUCUUCGGUGUUUAUUAUGGUCAUGGUGGAUCUCAGACCGGACUCUUUCAUGGAUCCGAAUGUUCCCCCUGGGGUCGAUGAUCACCCGGGGCUCGCUGUUCACUUGGGGCUCGCUGAUAGAUCAGUAUUGUCUUUGCAAGACAAUCAUAGGUCAGAGUUAUUAUGGGCCGGUACUAUAGGGAUAUCUACUAGGCUCCGUCCCCGUAAGCUGCAGAGAGCGUGGACUCUUUUACGCGAGCACCCCCCACACCCCGCGUGUUGGAGAUAUUUUUUCGGGGCGGCAUCUACCGUUGCGUGUCCGUUGGUCGGGUACAGCAUGAUUGGGCGCUCAUCACGGCCAUGGUUGAGCGGUGGAGGCCAGAGACACAUACCUUCCAUCUUCGCACUGGUGAGGCCACGAUUACACUUGAGGAUGUAGAGGUCCUCUUUGGAUUGUGGGUUGAUGGAGAGCCACUGUACACUCGGUACGAGCCUCCUCCUGGUCGGACGUGGGUGACAGAGUUGACUAGGCUCACCCACUUCGUGCCUGAUGCCGCGGCCCAGAUAUCCGGACAGAGUCGGGUUCAGCUUAGUGCACUCUGCACUUAUUUGGAGGGUCUGGAUCCGGUUGACGACGGCACCCCGCAGGACGAUGUUGAUCGUCAUGCCCAUUUGUACUUGCUUAUUAUAUUCGGGGGCAUCUUGUUCCCGAAUUCAUCGGGUGCCUUUGUCAGUUUACGUUACUUGGUUUUUUUGGAGCAUUGGGACCGCUUGGGAGACUACAGCUGGGGCGGUGCUGUUUUGGCGUAUCUUUACAGAUGUCUGUGCCGAGCGUCUAUUGGUGCUGUCAGAGAUGUGUGUGGAUUUUUUGCUCUUCUCCAGUUAUGGGCGUGGGAGAGGAUGCUGCCUUUUCAGCCCGUACCUAGGUAUCACCUCGAGAUUGACAUGCCUUAUGUGAGGAGGUGGACAGUGGGUUUUGACCGGGAUGUCGAUACGCACCACAGUAUUCUUCCAUUCCGGGACCAGCUUGAUCACAUGACGGAUGAUGCGCUAUUUAUAUGGACGUCGUACGCUGCUAUAUUAGAUGGUUUGCCCCCCUUCUGUAGGGCAGGUCAGGGGGUUUGGAGGUCGUGGUUUCCAUUGAUACACCUGGACAUCGUAGAGGAUCACAUGCUCGAGCGUGUCUUACGACAGUUUGGGCAGACACAGAGUAUACCCCCUGAUGUCCGUCAUAAGCUCUGACACUACCAGCGGGACGAUCGGGCUGCCAUUGAUGAUAAUUUUUUGGCUUUCAUGGAUGUCCAGCUCCACCGUUGGGAGAACAGGUUGGGCACUUUAGCGGUGGUCGGCCAUUUGACUCCCAUUGAGCAUUACAUGCGCUGGUAUCAUCAGAUCACACGCCGAUUGAUCGGCAACCUAGCUUUGCGUCCCCCUAGGGAUGUAGGAUAUUCAGCACUCGCGGGGCAGUACAAGGCAUUGCUGGUGACCGUACAACGUUUACGCAUCUUGGGGUUAGAGCAUAUGCCUUACCCUGGGCUUGCGGGGCUUGCCGCGGAGAUGGUUAGGAUUUCCAAGGAUGGUAUCCGCCAGGCAGGCGAGAUUAGGCGCAUGGCGGAGCCUGUUCCGGAGGCUGAGUAUCAGGAAGCACCGGGGGCUCCCAGAGGAGGAGGCCGUGCUGGCAGAGGACGCCGUGCGCGUAGAGGACGCGGCGCUGCUGCUAGAGGACCUGGUGGUGGAUGAGACCGAUCCAUUCCAGAGGGCGUUCACGGUCUAAUCCAUCCGCAGCCCUUCCAGGCCGGUGGCAGCUCACCUGGAGACUCACCUACGUUUACGCCGACGCUCUUACUUGCUUAAAUACCCGGGUCUUCAUCACAGCCGAGCCAUAAUGCAUACAUGGAGGAGUGUGAUAACGUUGAUUGGGCGGCGUUACGCGCUUCAUUAGCUGAUGAGCGGCCUGUGAAGAAUUUAGAGGGAGCCCGGAUUCUUGACUUUGAUGAGUUUUUGAUCCCGGAUUCGGCGCCAGCGGGUCCAUCAGAGCCACCCACUCAGGCAUUUUCUCAUGGGUCUGCCGAGCCAGCAGUGUCUUCCCAUUUGACUACCGAGCCACAGGAUUCGGCGCCAGCGGGUCCAUCAGAGCCACCCACUCAGGCAUUUUCUCAUGGGUCUGCCGAGCCAGCAGUGUCUUCUCAUAUGACUACCGAGCCACAGGAUUCGGCGCCAGUGGAUCCACAGGAGCUGCCCAUUCCGGAGCAUUCUCAUCAGCCUGCCGAGGCAGAGGUGUCUUCUCAUGAGACUACCGAGGCGCAUCAUCUCGUCCAAGAGACUACUUCAUAUUCACCAUCACACCCAUUUCAGGAGGCUACAGACCCAUCUCAGGAGCCUUCUCAGGCGUCCGUUUACACACAGGUUCAUCCUUCGGCGCCUGCGGUGGCGACUCCCGACGAGGAAGAGGCCCAACUGCUGCGGACUAUUCAUGCUAUUGGGCUUCGGCCCAGUAAUUUUCAUUGUAGGGUCGCGACCUGCUGCUGCUGUAUGGGCUUUGGCCCAAUAAUAAUUUUUAUAUGCUGUUGCGGAUGGACUGAUGGGGGAUGACUCGAGAAGAUUUCGUUGGGCUUUUAGCCCAACACCGAAUGUGGAAGAAGAACUAGUCCCUCAGACUCGUAUAUGAUAGUCAUGCAUAAAAAAAAUGAAAGGAAAAGGAUUAGUAUCUAAUCGAUGAAUAAGGUUAAACAUGUAAAAAUACAAAUUCAAAACAGAUUGUGUAUAUGCUGUGUAUAAUUUAUGUAUAUCUCAUACAUACACAUUCACAACUGAUUGGAACUCACACCAAUAUAAAACGAUCGUAAUGGGC